AUGGGAAAGAUUAAGAGAAACCGUCAGAAACUCCAUCUACAAGCAGUGAAACCUAGUAAUUCAAAGGACAAAGAUGAUGCAUUGAAGGCGAAUGAGGUAGACAAAGUAUUUUUAUUAACCUUAAUGAUGAUUGAAUGCAAGCUUUGAACAUAAAAAAAAUGCCUGAGAUUAAUCUUGCAUGUACUUGCUAAUUGUGGCCUUCCAUGCCAUUAUUUAUUUUGUUAUGUUCAUUAGUCUUCUCUUCCAGCCAUAUUCCCCACUAUGGGACUGUUUGAUGCAAAUGGUCAAGCCCGACCUGAUGAAUCUAAAGAUAAUCAAGACACACACAGUCAACUUGCCGACCAGAAAACUUCAUCGAACAAAAAGAACAGAAGAAAAGAACGACAUGAGCGUUUUCUGAGAAGUAAGUUUGAUGGAGUGUUUGACCAACAUUGAUGUAAAAAGUAUAUGUGAUCUUCACUGAAGAUUUUUCUCUACGGGCACGAUUGAUAUUCAUGUCAAACCGAACACUUAAUCUCCUAAUUAAAACUCAGAACUGGCAAAGCCACGUUGAUAAUAUAUUGAAAUUGUCAAGUUCAUCUAGUACAUACUUGUAUGACCGUGAUCCACCUUCAGUGGUCUUGUCAAGAUGUUAGCAAACCUCCUCCUAAGAUCCCUUGAACUUCCUAUCAAGAUUCUACUAAGAUCUUGAACAGGUUGAUUUUUGCUUGAUGUUCGAAAGAUCUUGGCAAGACACAAGGAAGAUGUACAGCUGAUCUUACUGGAUCUUGUCUAAGAUCUUGCUAAGAUUAUAUUAAAGGUGGUACCUUGAAACGCUAUUGUUAGGUUUUGCUUUAGGUGUUUUUACAGGAUUGUUUAACUUCUCAAAAGGAUUUUUUCACUACAUUGUCUAAGUGAGGAAUCAACUUAGGAUGUCACAAUAUAAAUAUAACAGCAAAUUCACUUAGCAUCAGCAUAGGGGAGAAUUAAGAGUCAAAUACUUGGGGUUACUUUUUUUACUGCAUAAAAAUGAGUGUUCUGAAGAGAAGUGAAUAUGAUAUGAUAUUUUAUUUCAAUGCAGAACUACAUGCUGGCAGACUUGUUGAAGAAAGCAGUAAAAAAGCAAAGGAGAGGGCAAAGACAGUUGUUGUAGGUGACAUGGAACCACUUUUAUCAGCUCUACCAACCAUAAAUAUACCAGAUCUUACAACAAGCACAAAAUCCUCUAAUAUUGGGUGAGUUGAUAAAAAGGGUACACAUGAUUGUGUCAACUACAAUGUGGAUUCAAUAUCAUAAAGAGAGUCAGUAACAAGUUGUCUUUUGUCUCAUGAUGUGGUUACUUAGAAUGUGGAGUAACUGUGACAUUUCUACCAAAUAGUUCUAGACUUCUUCAAAUGCCGAGGUAGACUACAAGCAUUCCCUUCUUUUCAGAAAAGUUUGUUGUGCAUGCAGAAAAAAAUUCAUGGGAAAAAUUGCUGUUUGCAUGCCAAGCAGAACUCUAGGAGUGAGACCUACUUUUGUGUGCCUCAUAUAUAGAUUUCCUUGUGGCAUGCUUAUGUCAAAAAUAUUUUUACUCAUUUUUUUUAACUUGCACGAUGGACAUUGUCAAAAAAGCAGGGAGUUCUCCCAGCCUUGUGCUGAGGUUGAUCUCCCAGCCUAAGUCCAGCAGUAUGCCCUUGAAUUAGAUUAAUGAAGCUUUUAAGAAUGAGUGAUUGAAUUAGCGAUGUGCACACGCUGUAGCUGCUUGAAAGAAAUUGAUUUAGGUCAGCAUUUUAGGUUGUAAAACACUUUUGUGAAUGCUUUAGCAAAUUUUGGAUAUUAUGCACAGUGAUUUGGACAUGUUCCUUAUUUUUGGCUCAUAUUUGUAAUAUAUAUUUUCAAAUAUCCUGACUCUCAAUCAUCUAUUCAGCCUAGUCCAAAUAAUUGAGGUUUGAUUGUAUUAAUGAUUGUAGCUUAUCAUGAUGAAUAACUAUUCACAGCUUUUUUUUUCAAAUGUGUUUGGUAUUAUUUUAAUUUCCUGCAGCAAUGGAAAAGAGAAGCUUGCCAAAAAUAGGAAAAAGAUGAGUAAAAAAUCCCGCCAAGCUCUACAGUGAGUGUCAGUGCUUUGUUUGCAUUUCAACAAUGACUUACAGGAUUCUUUGAUUAAUCCUAUAAUUUCUAACAUUGGUGCUAAAUAUGUGAUAUUUUUUUUCUUUCUUAACUUGCAGUGCCAGUGAAAUUGCCCAUUUUCAGGAAGUUGUUAAACAUCCAGCCUUCAAAGCCGACCCACUUGCUGCCAUUUCUGAACAUAUUAAAAAUGCUAUACAGAGAGAACAGGAAAAUCAGACUGAAGGCUAG